AUGCCGCCAAACAGCCGCAAGAAGAAGAAGCCCGCCUCCAAUCCCGCGCGAGGCUUCGCAACGGUCUCGGUCCCCUCCAAACCCAAGCCAGAACCCACCGAAACACCUCCGUCGCCAGCAAGAGAUUCGAGAGCUACGCCGGACAACGAGCCCCAACCAGCCCGCGCAGAGGACCGUCCCGCGACUACUAGCGCGCCGGACACGACCGCCUCGUUACAGAACUACACCCCGGAAGAGCUCGAAAAGCACCUGGAGGAAGCAGAGUUCCAGAUCCUGGUGGACAAAUAUGCGGCGAAAUGCAAAGGCGACGCGACGCGACAGGCUACCAAGCUGGAGACAGAACGGCGGGUCUUCCGACAGCAAGCGGCGUCGUUGAGUCUGCUCGAAUGGCUUCCGACGGAGAUGCAAGAUAGGAUUCUGGAAUUAGCAGGGGUUGAAGAGCAUGACCAACUACUGUCGAACGGACGAAUCGCAGGGACUAAACAAGCUGGCCUUUCAGAAGAGGAGCUAUAUACGAAGCUCUGGGUCUUGAAGGAGACACUACUGAACCUCGGGUUUCCGGAAAAUCGAGUGGAGGGGGCUCUGAAACAUAUUCUGCUUUAUUUCUCCGGCAACUCACCCAGCGCAAGCCGGGAUGUGGUCUGGAAUCUGGACGAGUCGUUGGAGUGGCUCGCCAUGCACAGUGACAAGACGGAGCUGCCAUCUUACACCCAGGCAAACACUCGUCCGCAGAAAGACGCGGACAGUGUUAUGUCCUGGAUGAUUGACUCGGAGCCGUCACGGUCUACGACUCCUAACGCCUCGCAGAAUGAGAGCAAACAAGGCAGAUCAAAACCGGACUGGAAAGCAUCGAAGGUUGCUCCUCCGAUUGCUUAUGACUCGGAUAGCUCGAUUGAUCCAGAUAGCAUGGUCCCUGAGUGGCUAGAUCUCCAAACCCGGCUGUAUAGUCUUCAGCCUGAUCUCUUUGAUCGGCCUGGAAAAGGCAAGAAAGCUGGCCGCGGAACAACACCCGGGCAUUCAGACGACCCACAAGUGGAUAAAAUUCAGCGAAAAAUUGCAAAGAUUGAAGGAGACGUGCUGUUUGAGCGUCGAGAAGCCGAGUAUAUUUGGAGUCCAAAACUUGACGAGCUUCGAAAAGAUGCGGCCUUUAUGCGGCGCCCCGUGGAGAAAAAGAAACCAAAUCCCCCUUCGAUGGAGGCAGCAGACAAAUCAGAACCGGCAUCAACAAAAGAGUCAGACGCUGAUAUCUUGCCAGUGGGUGAUGAAAUGGAUGCCGGUCUCCUGGGUGACAUGAUCUAUCUUGGGCCUCCCCCUCCUCAGACACAGGCUGCCAUCACUCUUCGAGACUUUGGAAAAUGGGCGGGCCUGAGUCCUCGCCGUGUUUUGGAAGAAACUUGCAAAGCCAGAGACUCAUCAAGCAAGGUUGUUUAUCAGGAUCUCUCGCCCUCUAACCACAUCUACAAGAAGGCAGUUGAGGUGCGGUGGUCGAAACCUCAGGAGAUUCCUUUUUCACUUACAGUGGAUCUGGUCACGCACAAGUCAAAUGCUUUCGCUACGUUUGUGUCCAUGGACGCCCUCGCCACGCCGAAUGCACAACAGGCGGAAAGCUAUGUGUCGACCCUCGCGCUGUUUAUCCUCUUUCCGCAGACCUCGAAAGAGGGUAAAGCCUACCUGCGUCUCCCUGCAGUUUGGAGAGAUCUGUGGACAGAGUUCUCAACUUUGAAAAAGUUCCAGGAAGACGAGGUUGACAAGAGCACUGUCAAAGACCUCAAGCACCUAAUCCAAGAAAAUCAAGGCACGUUUGAGGAUGACGUCGUGCUGUCCGACAACUUCCGCAAGAGGAACGGAGUCGGGAGUAAACCAGGAAGCCCCGUGAAAGGUCUUGCUCGAGAGAGCUACAAGGCCUCCGAGGAGCAACUGAGAGAGCAAUGGACGGUGAAGGCCUCAACACCAUCCUUCCAGCGGAUGAUUGUGGGCCGCAUGAACCUUCCAAUAUGGAGCUUCAAGGACGAGAUCCUCAGCACGCUGGAUACCCACCGAGCCCUGAUCAUCUGCAGUGAGACGGGAAGCGGAAAAAGUACGCAAAUCCCGUCUUUUAUUCUGGAGCAUGAGAUGCUUCAUGGUCGACCGUGCAAGGUUUAUGUGACUGAGCCACGACGUAUCUCUGCGAUCUCGCUGGCUCGACGAGUGAGUGAAGAAAUGGGUGAAAGCAAGAAUGAUGUGGGCACGAACCGGUCUCUCAUCGGCUUUGCGGUAAGGUUGGAAAGCAAGGUCAGCCAAUCCACGCGAUUGGUAUAUGCAACCACUGGAGUCGUUGUGCGCAUGCUGGAGCGGCCCGAUGAUUUCCAGGAUAUCACUCACGUUGUUCUGGACGAAGUCCACGAGCGCACAAUCGACAGUGAUUUUCUUCUCAUUGUUCUUCGGAGGCUCAUGCAAAAGCGCCCUGACCUGAAGCUCAUCCUUAUGUCUGCCACCCUAGAGGCUCAGCGGUUCUCGACAUAUCUUGGUGGUGUGCCGGUUCUUAAUAUUCCAGGACGAACUUUCCCUGUAGAGAUGAAAUAUCUAGAAGAUGCCGUCGAGUUGACAAAGUACCGUCUAUCCGAGGACGAUCCGAACACUGUCCUCGAUGAUGACAUGGAUGAAGUAUCUGAUGCCGUUGCCGGUGACAACGCGGGAGGGUUACAAGCUACACUCGACGGGUACUCCAAGCAGACCAAGGAGACAGUGCUUAACCUCGAUGAAUACCGGAUGGACUAUACCCUGAUCAAGAGGCUGCUCCUAAAGAUCGCGACUGACCCGGCUAUGGCUCACUACAGUAAAGCCAUCCUGGUCUUUAUGCCUGGCCUGGCGGAGAUUCGCCGCAUGAAUGACGAGAUUCUCUCUGAGCCAACCUUCCAAAAAGGAUGGAUUGUGCAUGCGCUACACUCUUCGAUUGCGAGCGAAGAUCAAGAGAAAGCGUUUGUUGUGCCCCCUGAGGGCACAAGGAAGAUUGUCAUUGCUACCAACAUCGCAGAAACAGGUAUCACUAUCCCGGAUAUUACGGCGGUUGUCGAUGCAGGAAAAGAGAAGAUGAUGCGAUUCGACGAAAGACGACAGCUCUCCAGGCUCGUCGAGUCAUUCAUCUCGCGUGCCAACGCCAAACAGCGCCGGGGACGAGCUGGUCGUGUCCAGAAUGGCAUCUGCUUCCAUCUCUUCACUAAAUUCCGGCAUGAUAAGUUGCUUGCGGAACAACAAACCCCAGAGAUGCUGCGACUCUCGCUGCAGGAUCUGGUGCUGCGAGUCAAAAUCUGCAAGCUGGGCGAAGUGGAACAGACACUACUCGAAGCGCUGGACCCGCCACUGCCCAAGAACAUUCGACGUGCAAUUGAUGCUCUGAAGGAAGUGAAAGCUCUUACGAACAAUGAGAGUCUGACUUCCCUUGGCAUGCAGCUGGCCAAACUGCCGCUUGAUGUUUUCUUAGGGAAACUAAUCAUCCACGGGGCAUUUUUCCGAUGCUUGGACGCGGCUGUCAGCAUCGCUGCCAUCCUUUCGUCGAAAUCCCCGUUUGUCAAUACAAUGGGUUCCAACUCGCAGCGUGAUGCAGCUCGGGCGUCUUUCCACAAAGGUGAUUCGGAUCUUUUAACCGUUUACAACGCCUACUGUGUCUGGAAGCGAACAAGAAGCACACCCGGAAUGAGCGAGUUCGCUUUCUGUCGAAAGAAUUUCCUAAGUCCACAGACACUGCUGGGCAUUGAGGAUGUGAAGAUGCAGCUGGUCGUUUCUAUCGCCGAUGCUGGGCUGUUGACUCUAGAUGCAACCCAAAAAUCGGCGCUUAACCGGGCACGGUCCAGCAACAGACAACGCCAAUUCUUCGUCAUUCCCGAGGAGUACGACCUCAACAGCAGCAACGACGUGGUGGUCAACUCCGUUGUGGCAUGGAGUUUCUACCCAAAGCUUCUGACCCGCGAGGGCAAAGGCUGGCGCAAUGUCGCCAACAACCAGUCUGUCACAUUGCACCCGACCUCGGUGAACAAGCGAGCAGACUCAGCCGUGAAGUGGCUAUCAUACUACCACAUCAUGCAAGCGCGCAACCGCAACCUGAACGCACAUGAAACCAGUGCAGUCGAUGAUUUUGCAAUUGCCCUGCUCUGUGGCGACGCUGAAUUCAAGAUGUACGCCGGCGUCAUCUCCAUCGACUCCAACCGAGUGCGGUUCUCCGUGCGAGACUGGAAGUCAAUGCUCGCCCUGAAAAUCCUCAACAACCGCCUCCGUGAUAUUCUAUCCGGAACAUUCCGCAACCCACACCGGCCCCCGACUUAUAAACAGCAGCAGUGGCUUGAGAUAUGGCAGCAGAUUUUUGCACAGGCAGGCAAGAGAUAG